AUGUUCGCCGCCCGACGCACCGCUGCCUCGACGCGGCAGCUGCUGCGCAACCAGCAGCCUCGUCGGUUCGCGAGCCACCACGCCGAACCGGUGAACGAAGGCUUCGGCCCCAGUUUCUACAUCACCAUUGGCAGUUUCGCCUCCGCGUACCUGCUGUACCGCAUCAGCCAGUCGAAUGAGGAUUCCGGCUCGGAGUCCUUCAUCUCAGGCCUGAUCAGCAAGUGGACGCCCUCGCAAGAAGUUUUCGAGCAGCGCAAUGCCAUUCGCACCGCUGUCAUGGAGAAGGCCGCGCAUGACCGUCACCUGCUGCAGAGCCAAGGGCCCCGCCAGGCGUAUGAGCUGAUGCAGCCUGAUUUAAUGAACGCCGGCUCGCCAUACAACGUUUCUCCCGGUUCGCAGGCCGACCUGAGCGCCGUCGUGGCUCACUACCAUCGCCAGAAUCAGGAGAUGGAGGAGGCGCGGGUGGCGCGGAUGAAGGACGGCAAGGUUGUGUCGGUGUAUGAUGUCGAGAGGACAACCCCUCUAGACGGUCUGGGGAAAUAA